CUUCUAUCUCUGACUUAAUUAAUGACCUUGUUAUAUCUUUCCUUGCACCAUACCAUCUAUCGAAACAUACGCUUGGUGUCUUUGUGUCAGUCGUCAGUUACAGUACCGGUAUGUUAAAUGUUCUUCCACCGUCAGCUCCAGCUGCCAGCCAAGAGCCAAAGUUCGUUGACAAUGACGUUCCUCUCAGAUCCACACGACUUGCUUUCAAGAGCAGACCUCCAGUUCAUCGCGAGGCACCUCUUCUGUCGACCUCCUUUGCUUUUUGUCGUCCUCUUCCAUCAUUAUUGCCGCAAACAACAACAAUACUAGUAGUACUAGUAACUUACUUCAAACAUGUCCGUCGAAGCCAAGAGACUGAAACUACCGAUCGUCCCUCGUCGUGAGGAAGAAGCCCUGUUGCGCAAGGCAUUACAAGAAGCUCGGGAAGGUGCUGUGAGAGUUGUCUUGCUGGGCGGCAAGAGUGGAACAGGCAAGUCUACGCUGAUCCGAAAGACACUUGGUGACUUAUCCAAUUGUUGGCAGGCUGAAACCAAAUUUGAUCAACGAAAGUCCAAUGCUCCCUUGGAGAACUUGAGAGGCCUCCUGUCACAGCUUAUUGACGCUGUCAUGAAGGCAGAAGGCACCAUGUGCCCAAGAGUGCUGAAGGAUACCUUGGACAAGCGACAGUAUCAUGUCUUGAGGUCCUUCUUGACCAAUGCAGUGACAGACGAUUUGUUGGAGGAAGACUCCAGCGAGGAAUUCAAAUCAUCUGACAGUGACGACGAAGACAGCGUGGUGACGCAGGCAGCUGAAGUGUCCAAAGAUGCUCUGAGUGUGCUGACAUCUACAUUCAAAGCCUGUGUUCGAUCCAUUGCCAAAUUAUCGACUGUUGUCUUGACUGCUGACGAUAUUCACUGGAGUUGUCCGACCAGCAUGCAGAUAUUCCGCUCCCUCUUGUUGGACCACACUCUCGAAAAUAUCCUCAUUUGUGGCACCUUCCGCACCGAGGAAGACACUGCCACUGAGGGGUUCUACGAUUGGAAGGAACAGCUUCAGGAUGAAUUGACUCAAUCCACUCCCUCAGCGACAGUCCAGACUGUCUUGUUGGAUGAUUUAACUCAUCUACAGGUCUCUGAAUUACUAGCUGACGCCCUCAGCAAGGACGUGGAGACGGUCAAAGAACUCUCCGAUUUAGUCUAUGGAUUCACGCACGGCAAUCUAUUCUUUAUGAAACACUUUUUGGAAAAAUUACAGGAGGACGAAUUGUUGCAAUUUGACAUGAUGAUGUUUCAAUGGAAAUGGAGUGUCGAAGCCAUCAAACGACGAUCCUCCUUGUCAGAUAAUGUCGUUCAGACCUUGGCAUCCCGCAUUCACAAAUUGCCGCAACACGUCCAAAAUGUCCUCAUGUUGGCAGCUUGCUUUGGGGCCCAUUUUGAUAUUCGAGCUUUGGAAAAGGCGCGCUCUGCACUGAAUGUCGAAUGCGUCUAUCACAGCAUUGCCCAAGCAUUGGAACAGGAAUUUGUCAUAAAGCUCAACGACACGCAUUACCGAUUCAGUCACGACAUGAUACAACUCACAGCAUACGGGUUGUUACCAGAAGACAUUGAAGUCGCACAGGUGCAUUGGAGAAUUGGUAGUUUGCUUAUGAAUGAAACAGAGUUGCUCAACGACGACUCAACUUUUUUUGCUACAGUCGAUCAUUUGAAUUUGGGUGCUGAUGGGUCCGAUGAGUGUAUCACCUCCUGCGAUUAUGACAAGAAAUGCAAACUUGCCAAGAUGAAUUAUCGCGCUGGGAAAAAGGCAGUGGCACUCUCCAGUUUUAUGCCUGCGGCUCGUUAUCUCGAAGCCGGUGUGGCCUGUUUGGGAGACAAACCCUUUGAAUGUCAACGGGAAUUGGCCAUCAAGUUGUAUUCUUGCUUGGCAACAACUGAAUAUGUUUGUGGCAACAUCGAUGAAGCACUGGCUGCCUCCAAGGAAGUCAUGGAGAACUCGACCGACUGUGAUGAAAAGAUCCCUAUGUUGGUGGUCAUGUUUGACUGCUACGUGGCGCAGGGGCGUGUCUCGGACAUGCUGGAAUACUGCUAUUGGAAACUUGAUCUCCUGGGUAUUAAGUUCCCUCGCAAGCCCAACAGCAUUUAUGUCCAAAUGGAGUAUCAGAAAAUGAAGAGUCGACUGAGUGCCAUGUCGAACGAGGAUAUUCUGGCCCUCCCUCUCAUCUCAGAUUGGAAGAAGGAAAUUGCGCUGGAGAUCCUGUAUCGAAUGACAAUGCCACUGUACCAGUUGGAAGAGCAGGCACUCUGUACCCUUGUCGCUGCCCAGAUGAUUCAAAUCACCCUCAAAUACGGCUUGUCCAAAAACUGCGCCCAAGGCUUUGUCUUUGCAGCGUCCUUCAUUGCCGGCCAAUCACACGACAUUCGCGAAGCCCACAGACUGGGGCAACUGGCUGCAAAAUGUGUAGAUAAGUUUGGCGUCAGCACAUCGAGUCUUUCUGUUACCAGCAUGAUCCCAACCAUCACGAAAUGGUGGCUGGAACCAGCGUCCAAUGUUUUAGAGGACUAUCUUGUGGCGGAAAAGGCAUGCAUGAAACGGGGACUCAUUGGGAAUGCUUUUCAAAGCACGGUGGGCUACUCAGUCAAUUACUUCUACACAGGGCUUCCACUGGGACCAUUGCUGGAUGAUGUGGAGAAACAUUGCAAUCGAUACUUGGAAUACAACCAGGUCAUGUUCUUCUUCUUGGCGUCGCCCUUAUGGCAAUGUUUGCUCAAUUUGACGGGCCGAUCGGAAAACCCAGCAAGCAUGGAGGAAGGCACAGUCAUUGAAAUGAGGAAUAAAAUGUACAAUCACAACAACAGCGGAGCACAAUCCAUCCAAUCUUACCAAAUGGUCCUCUCGUACUACAUGGGUGAUCUGGCCAAGGCGACGGAGAUGGCAGAUUCGUUGCACAAAGCCAAGCCUGGUUUCAUGAAGGCUGCCUUUUGGUACAGCUGCCGUCGCUUCUUCUUCGGACUCAUUGCCAUUGCCAACUAUCGUCGUAAUGGCCAGUGGAAGUACAAGGCACAAGCGGACAAGGAGCUCAAGUACUUCCGGACCGUUGUCAAGGAAGGUGCCAUCAAUCUGGUACACAAACUCCAGUUGUUGGAGGCUGAAAUGAUGUCCACCAACACUUGUACCUUAACGGGUCCCACUUGUGAAACUGUCCUUGCCAAAUAUGAUGAUGCCAUUGUAUCCGCCAGCAGGGCUGGGUUCCUACAGGAUGCCGCCUUUGCGAACUACUUGUGUUUCCAAUUCAUCGAGCAGAAGCAAGAGCGCAUGCACAUGGCCGAGCUGUAUGUGAAGCGAUCCUUCGAGUUGUGGAUGUCCUGGGGUGCCAUGACAGUGGCAUCAUCAUUGGCCGACCGGCAUCCUAAGUAUUUCAACUCCGACUCGGUCCGAAGCUCCAUCAGUUCCUCAAUGAAGACCAGCCUUACGAGCAGCGGCUCCGGCUAUCGAAGUCGGCCCCGAUUCGAUAAGAACUUGUCAUCGCAACACAAAGAGCUCAAUGUAAUGUAGUCUCAUGUAAAAGCUGCAUUGUAGGGGAAGGUUAAUUUUGUGAUCUGUCUACGCUUUUCGCUUCUAGAGUACGUUUUCCCCAGCACAUGGAUCCAAUGAGAGGUCACGAGACAGGCACUGGCAUCCUGGCACCAAUCGAUCGAGACAAGUUUUGAGAAUUCGCAUGAAAGGAUCCGGAGUCGAUCCAGAUCGGUUCCCGUCAUAGCAUCUGAUAUAAACGAUCGGCUAGAUUUGUUUGGUUUUCAGUGUGCUCUACUGGUACGCUGUUCACCGUACCUCGGCAGUCUCACUUUUCUUACCGACGGCGAGGUCCGUGCAGUACGGUAGAGCGUUUGAAACAGUUUCUACCAGGUUAGAUUUUCGUGGUAAGUAUUAUAUCUAGCCAAUAAAUUCUGUGAUGGCGUGUCUGCGUUGCGUCUCUAAAGGAUGACACCGAACGGUAGGCUCCUCGCUGAGAAACAAUCUCUUUCCUCAGUUGUGGCGUCCUCCGCGAAACGAGGACUGCCACCGCAGCAACUCGCUUGCGUGAUCAUAUCAUUCUCCAAGGGGUUGCGGUCGACGGGUCUACUGUAGUAGCUUGGACGUUCUACGUACCGUACUGCCAGCAAGCACGCCACUGCCAGCCCGAGACCGAGUCCUUUUGGCCGUGCGAGUGGGCGAGCAGAGGCAUUCCGAAGCCUCCUGAUGAUCCCAUGGAUCUCCCACAUGAAAGCGAGAACUCGUAAAACGCCACCCAGACACCCGGCUUGGCCACGGUUGGUUGGUCCCCUUCGCCCUUUUUUCGUUGCAAUGAAUCGAAUCAAGUCUUCUCGAAGUUCCCAUGCGAGCAUCCAAGUGCUUCCAUUGUUGUCGUCUCGCAUUAUGUUUCAUUUGGCCAUUUCUUGGAGUUUCUCCAGUACAUUGUCCUUGCCUCGAAUGGUGUCACCAUCCUCCCCACCAAAGGAACGCCCUGAAAUGGACACGUCGUCUUGUCGUAACUUGUUUGUGACUUUGAGCCACUCCAACAGUCUCUUGGCAGGGACCGGUUGGGUUGUGUACAAGUCUAACGAUUCGAUUUGGUAGGCACCAUGGGGAAUGGUUUCCCACAGCGCAGCACUGUGAUCCCGGGGAGCAGCCCCAUAGUGAUGCAGACGCAGUCCUGCCUUGAUUAGAUUCUGAUGAUUGUGGAACAAAUGAUGGUAAACUUGCGUAAAGGCGGGACACCAGAGCUGCAGCACUUCCAGAGACGAGUUGGUUUCUAAUCCAUGCCUCCAUACGUGUUCCAUGCUGAAUUUCAAGUCAAAUGGAGUGUCGUAAAAGAAUCGAAAACACCGCAAACUGGUGGUCGUUGCGAGAAACUCUCUCAACGUCUCAUCGCCGGCAGCCGUCAAGGGGCAUCGUCGAAUGGUCAACGCAACGGGUUUGGGUUGUUGAUGAAAAAAGUUGGCCAAUACCGUCCAAUCCCCCAACUGUAACUUGUGGAGUUCAAUGUGGACGACCUUGUCACCAUUCAAUCGUUCGACCAAGUGUGUCAAAUAGGCAGUGACUAAAUCGGGUCGAAUGGAAUUGGACGAAGGCUCUACAAUGAUGCUCUGAACGGUUGGAGACAAGGUGGAACCGGCCUUUUUGCACUUGACUUUGAGCUUGGGGAUGCGCAAGGUUGCCGUCUCCAAAUCGUCCAGGUUGUGAUAGGGCUUGGACUGGUCGUCUUCUUGAGGGUCCGUCAUGGUCGAGAUCUUUGUCUCCCUUUUUUGGAAAUAAUGAAAGAACCGGUCCAAAACCCUUACGCAUCUCCACAGCGAUACAUUAUCUCUGACCUUAAGUUACUGUUCUCGCAACGCGCAACG